UUUCAUAUGUGGCUACAAAAUAUUUAUUCACUAUAUGUUACAUUUAGUCACUACCAAGAUAGCAACGCAAUAAAGGUGAAUUCACAAUUUUUUUUUUUUUUGGUUAAUUUUCUUCAAGUGUUUUGUUCAUUUGCAAAUAAUUUAUUUGGAUCAUUCUAAGUUUAUAAUUUGAUUUGUCUAUUUUACUUGAAUCAUACUAGGAUUCAUCUAUAAAGCAAAAGGCCUAUGGACCCAUAUCUUCAGUUUCGCUCAGGCAAUGUUGGUGAGUUUAGUGAGUCAGCUCCAUCUGAGAUACAGCCAAAUUCUAGUCAACCUAAUGAUAAUGCAGAUGGUGCUAGUGGACAAAAGAAAGCUAGAGGUCCCACGCAAAUGCGUAAGAUUUGGGGUACUCGUGAUGAUGAGCGCCUAACAGUCAAUUGGAACAAACUUGGCCAACCUGAUGACAAAUUGGCAACAAAGUUAUCAGCAUUCAUUGGAACUAUUGUGCGUGAUGGGAAAAAUGCACCACUCACUUACAAGAAUUGGCACAAAGUCCCAGAACAUUACAAAGAUCACAUAUGGGCACUUGUACAGGUAAAUGACACAAUAUUGUGCGAAAGAUGAUCCCAUGUGAAAAAUAGUAAACAUGAGUAAUGUGAU